UUCAUUGGGAAAUGAUGGAAGAAAAACUCACUGCAUUUGCAAGCUUAAAUUAGUGGUUCACUCCCCUCUUUUAUUCUUCCUCAAUUUGUCCAAACAGCUCCAUAUCUUUUCUAACAUAACUAAGCAAACCCUCACAAUAAGCUAGCAUAUAGUCGACAUCAAACCCUCGUCCGGCUUCUGUUGAAGGUUUGCAUGAGUCGACCGGUCGAGUUCGACGUUGGGAUCAUCUCUCAAGCGUGCGGGUGGGCAAGAAAGUGACCUGGUCGGGCGAACCUCAGUUUUGGGCCAGUUUGUGGUGUUAAGAGUGAUUGCAUUGGGGUGACCAACCACUAGUGAAUAAUGAUUGAUCCAACUUCCGGUUUUGACCCCGAAACUAGCUCCAACUCCUCGUCCUCGUCCCCUCUGUUGUCUUCCCCGAACCGAGCCUCCCUAGAGACCCGGAACCAGCCGGGUGACCUGAAGAAGGCCAAGCGCCUCCGGGACUCAAGCAAGCACCUGGUGUACCGUGGCGUGCGGAUGAGGAACUGGGGCAAGUGGGUCUCGGAGAUCCGGGAGCCCAAGAAGAAGUCCCGGAUAUGGCUAGGGACUUUCCCGACCCCGGAGAUGGCCGCCAGGGCCCAUGACGUGGCGGCACUUAGCAUUAAGGGUGGCUCCGCUAUCCUCAACUUCCCCGAGCUGGCAGGAUCCCUGCCCCGGCCGGCCUCACUCGCCCCUAGGGAUAUCCAGGCCGCCGCAGCCGAGGCAGCACGAAUGGGCCACCUGAACCCAUCAGCAGGCCCAUUAGCGAAGUCAUCAACCUCGUCCACGUCUGUAUCUAUCGCCACCUCAGACGAGCUCGGGGAGAUCAUCGAGCUACCGAGCCUUGAGGCAUCUUAUGGUGAGUUGCCUGAGUUUGUUCUGAUCGACUCGGUGGAUGCGUGGGGAUAUCGUGGCGAUAUUAUUGACUCGCCGUGGGGGGAAGAGGUUUGUGGCUUCGAUGAUCAUCAGUGCGGGUACAUUUGUGAUGGGCUCAGUUGCAUACAGAAUGGAUUCGAGGGGCUUCUGUGGAAUUACUAGAAAGUCGGGGGCAGCUGUGAAUUUUGGUGUGCAUUUCAUUUUCUCCCUUUUCUGGACAGGCGCAUCCUGGACCGUCCGAUUGUGUGUACAGGACUGCAUCGGAACUACACCGACGGUCCAAGAUGGGUAAACUGUUCUUUUUUUUUUCUUUUUUUUUUGGGGUUUGACGACUUUUCUUUUUUGGGUCUAAAAUUAUUAGGUAACUCCGGUGCACGUACAUACGUCUGUACGUAGCGCGUAGGCAUCUCACUAUUACGAGAAAGGGAGAUCUUUAUUAUGGUGCACUGAAGUACCCAAUAAUUUUGAAAUGUUCGGAAGUUGGUCCUUAUAGUUUUUCUGUUGGGGACCAAUUUGAUCACUAUGUCCAAUUUUCCUUGUAUCAUGUUCAAAUGUAGUCCACUGUACAGUUUCCAAUAAAUGUAUCGGAUUGCUGUUUAGUGUAAA